CAGCUGAGUGCUCCUCCUCAAUCACCUUUAAAAACCUGCAGCGAGCACACGGACACGCACUCGUUUACCUGCAGCUGAAAGCCGAGAGAAGAUGUUCUGCAGACGGGCAUGGCAGAGGCUCGGGCCGCUGGCACGGAGGGCUUUCAAUCCCGCAUCCAGAAACGCAGCUCCAGUGCGACACAUGGCCUUUGGGGUUCCUGGCGGCUCCUCCAACACGGCAUACCUUGUUCUGUGUGGGGGAGGCCUCACUGCUGCAGCCGUCUACGCCUACAAGACAGUCAAUGGUGAUAGUGAGCGCCAUGAGGACAGACUCGCCAGCAUGGGCUCCACAGAAAAGGCACCAGAGGCGAUGGCACCAGAGGCGAUGGCACCAGAGGCGAUGGCACCAGAGGCGAUGGCACCAGAGGCGAUGGCACCAGAGGCGACGGCGACGGCGACGGCGACGGCGACGGCGGCGGCUCCAGAGCUGACGGUGGCGGCUCCAGAGGAGGUGGAGGCACCAGAAGCUGCAGCUGCCGCAGCUGAAUCCACCACAGUUGAGGAGGUAGCACCAGCCGCUGAAGUCGUCGCAGAGUCUGUCCCCGCUCCUGCAGAACCGGUAGCGGAGACCGCUGCCGAACCUGUCGCAGAGGCCGCGUCUGAAGAAGCCGCUGUGGCCUCUGAGGUGGUCGUAGCUGAGACUGCUGCUGAGCCAGCAGUCGAAGAAGAAGCUGCUCCACCCGUAGCGGUAGAGGCGGUUCCUGAAGCUGCUCCAGUCACUGUGGAAGUCGCAGCCAUGGAGGACACGCCCGCAGAGGCCCCCGUAGCAGAGAGCGCUGAGUCUAUGCCAGAUCUGCUCACAGCUGUGAAGAUCUUGGCUGGCUCCACAGUUGAGAUUGCAGCGGCUUCUGUUGGUGAGACCAGUCUGGUGAAAGCUGUCCGGAAAGUAGAGGAAGAUGGAAAAGUUUUGGACGCCACACUGGAGGUGGCAGAGCCAGAGGUCCUGGAAGCAACUGCAGAGGUGGUAGGCGAGGAGGCAGCUGUUGUAGUUAACAUGGAGGAGCUGAAGUCUACAGAGGCUGGUGCUGAUGCAGAAGAUGCAGAUGUUCCAGCUGCCGAAGAGGAGACAUCUGCUCCUGUAGCAGCAGCAGCAGAGGAGGAGGAGGAGGAAGCAGCUCUUCCUGAGGAACCUACAACUUCAGCCCCGACAGCGGAGGAAGGUGGUGAGGUUGAGGCUGAAAAUCAGGCUCUGGCCCCUGCAGCUGCUCCAGAAGCUGUCUCCUCUGCAGAGGCCUCGCCUGAAGAUGCUGCUCCUGCUGAGGAGGCCACACCAGAUGAGGAGGCCCCCAUCGCUGCUGAGACAGCACCUGCUGCUGAGGCGUCAGUGGAGGAGGAGGCAGCAGCCGAAGCUGCAGCAGAGGAGACGGUUGAAGCUGCAGCAGUUGUGGACACGAUUCAGCUGGCAGCGGCCUCUGGGUCAGAGCUGGAGGUACAUGAGGCCAAGCACUGCCACUCCUGCCACUCUGCUCCAUCAGCAGCAGAGGAGGUGGCGCCACCUGUUGCUUUGGGAGGGCAGCUGGCCAGUGAGGAAGCCCUGGAUAUAACACAUGAGGCCAAGGAGGCAGUGUCACUGGUGGAAGGACAAAAGCCAAAGAUGUCUAUCUGGACUGUAAAAAGCUGCUCAGUGAUGUAAUAGUACAGUUAAGAAGCCACAGAGACUAUGGCAGUGGUGACAACCCAGUCAUGACAUGACAGCGUGCCUUCCGCAACAGUCGCUUAUCUGUCAACCGAGCCAGGACGACCGAUGGAAACAACACAAGGAGAACAAGCCACGGGCUUAACUAGCUAAUGGUUCUGUUCUGAAACGUUAUCACAAUUUUUUUUAUGUUCUCUUUCUGUUUCUGAUCAAUGUGUGUUAGUGGUUGUGAAAUGAAUCCCAUUACGUCUCUUGUCCUGUAGGUGCCACUGUUGCAAAGCUUUUCAUGACCAGUUGAACUGAACAGAAGUUUCUGUAAAGGUGUUAUAGAAGGCAGUGAAUGUGGUUUGUUGUCACAGUAAUCUAGUAAUAGACUGCUUUUCAUAGAUAUUGCCAAUUUCUACAAACUGUACCAAGAUUUUUCAGUUGGGCUGCACCUAUAUGUUUUCCUUAUGCUGAUUACAGGAUAUGUCAUUUUCUUAUUCUAUCAUCUGAUUUGGCAUUAAGACAUGCAUUUAAAACAAAUGCAGGUGCAGACAUGACUAUCUUGAAGUAUUUAAGUGUUUAAAGGCCAUUACAUUUUUAUUGUGCAUCUAAUUUGAAAGUGAUGCAUUCAUAGACGAAAACAUUGCAAUAUUAGUGAAAAACAUUGCACCAAUGCUGAUAUUGGCUUUUUGAAGCUGAUAUCCAUAGUAAAUCCGUAUUUUGGUGCAGAUCUAUGUUCUAUUUAUUUUAGUGUUAUUGUUGUCGACAUUUGACCCUACAUUUGACCCCCUACAACAAAAGACUGAUACAUUAUAUAUAAGUUCAAACUGCUAUAAAUUGAUUUGCACCCUUUAACUUAGAUGAUGUUGAACAGUAACAUGCUUCCAGCUGUCUAAGAGUAGUAGAUGGAUGCUUUGUUUUAAAUAUAUUUUUAGGUGCACUGCAUAAAUGAUCAUAUAUUAACUAUAUAUUAUAUUAAUAUAUUCAAAUAGUUAAUAUACCCGUUUUUAUGUAAUUAAUGAUGUCUCUGUUGUCAUGAUAAUGUGCUCACAUAGACAC